CAAACAUGUUCCUGAGCAAAGCAUUCGUCGUUCUCCUCGUCGCUUUCUUGGGGACCUCAUGUUUUCCAGGAGACGGAUUUGUUUCUGCGAGUCCGUUGCCACAAUUGUACCAACUUCCACAACCAUACUCCCCACAGCAACCACACACAGCAACCACAAGUGAUGUACCGACUACAACCACUAUUUUACCCACAGUAACCACAAGUGAUUUAUGUUUAGUCUCAAAAUCAAGAUUCUCAGAGACCUCCGCUCAGACGGAUCUGGACAUUUGGCUUCAGAACACCGCUAUGGAUGUGAUGGGACAAAACCCUCUGAAAGAACGUAAGAAUUAA